AAGUAGGUGAAAGGUCGGUGUGUGUGUGCGUUUGUGUGUUUGAAGCUGCUCAAACGAUCUCAAGCACAGUCGAUAUCAUGUCUCUCCUCAGAGGUGUGUUUAUAGUCUCGGCGAAGAGGACGCCGUUCGGCACGUAUGGAGGCGUUCUGAAGGACCACAGUGCUACAGAUCUGGCUGAACACGCUGCAAAAGCAGCUCUCGCUGCGGGGAAUGUGGCUCCAGAACUAGUCAACAGUGUCAUUAUCGGAAAUGUCAUGCAGAGUUCAGCAGACGCCCCCUACAUCGCCCGUCAUGUGGGUCUGCGGUGUGGUGUGCCCAUCCCAGUGCCAGCGCUGACUGUAAACCGCCUCUGCGGGUCCGGAUUCCAGUCCAUAAUCAAUGGAGCACAGGAGAUCUGCCUGAAAGAGUCUGAGGUGGUGCUGUGUGGAGGAUCAGAGAGCAUGAGCCAAGCUCCUUACGCUGUCAGAAACAUCCGCUUUGGCACUAAAUUUGGAGUCGAUUUGAAACUGGAAGACACGCUGUGGGCCGGACUGACGGAUCUGAACAUAAAGCUGCCCAUGGGCAUCACAGCAGAAAACCUGGCAGAGAAAUACCAGAUCAGCCGUGAGGAGUGUGACCAGUACUCGCAUCAGACGCAGCAGCGCUGGAAAGCAGCUCACGAGGCUGGAUAUUUCAACGCUGAGAUCGCACCCAUUGAAGUCAAAGCCAAGAAGGGGAAAGUGUCCAUGACGUUUGAUGAACACCCUCGUCCACAGACCACCCUGGAGCAGAUGGCAAAACUGCCCACUGUCUUCAAGAAAGGGGGAACCGUCACUGCUGCCAAUGCUUCGGGCGUGUCUGAUGGAGCCGCUGCCGUGAUUAUAGCCAGUGAGGAUGCAGUGAAGGCUCACAAACUCACCCCAUUGGCUAGAAUCGUGUCCUAUCACACCUCAGGUUGUGAUCCCAGCAUCAUGGGAAUCGGGCCUGUACCUGCUAUCACAGAAGCUCUGAAGAAGGCUGGACUCUCAAUCAAAGACAUGGACCUGGUGGAGGUGAAUGAAGCGUUUGCUCCUCAGUAUCUCUCAGUGGCCAAAUCUUUAGGUUUGGAUCCCGAGAAAACCAAUGUUAAUGGAGGAGCCAUCGCUAUCGGGCAUCCGCUCGGGGCCUCGGGGACCAGAAUCACUGCACACCUCGUCCAUGAGCUCAGGAGACGCGGUGGAAAAUAUGCGGUCGGCUCCGCCUGCAUCGGUGGAGGUCAAGGAAUCGCUGUCAUCCUGGAAAACAUUAAAUAAGCACAACAAAGACAGGUUAUUGCAAACAAAUCAAGUCGAACAUCAAAACCGUCCCUAAACAUGUCAAGCUGUCCAUCCACCCACAUGCAGUUUUGCUUAUCCGGGAACACUUUACAAUAGGGUUCUAUUAGUUAAUGUAUUUACUAACAUGAACAAAUAAUGGACAAUACAUUUAUUACAGUGUUUAGUCACUCACAGUUAACUCAGAGUGCAUAACUAAUAUUAUCAACCACAACUUUGGAUUAAUAAUGCAUCAUGUUGAACUAUGAUUAGUAAAUGCUGCACAGUAUUGUGCAUUAUUAGUUAAUGAUCAUAAAUACAUGGACUAAUGUAACCUUAUUGUUAUAAUGAGUCAUUCAAUUGACUUUACCCACUUAAAGCAGUGAUUUCUGAGCAGGUUUAGGAUGUUUGGUUAGAGUUACAGUGCCUUACUGUAGUUUUACAUCUGUGCCAAUAUAAUCAGACAUAUUGUGCUGGGUCAACAUCUGCAGAAUAAUAAUGUCACUGAAGCUUCUGAUUGUGCCGUGUUGAUGUUUUUGUAUAAAAUGUUGACUAAAAUAAUGUUGAAUUCACUCAUUUGACUGUUGUUGACAAUAAAGAAUCAGCUGUAUGCUGCUAUGCUUUGAAAA